CAAUGACCCUCACAGUGACGUGGGCUCGUUUUCUUCCAAAAAAGAAAAAAAUAGUGAGAUCAACAAAGGGACGCCGAAGAAAAAAAUAAUAUGGGAGAAGCAAAUAUUACCAAGAAAAUAAUAUAUCCUGGCUCCGGGAAUGAGCUAGAAUUCACACCAGGAUCUAAGGUAUUUCACUAGAGAAAAUAAUGAUUCAUUUUCAUUCAUCUAUGUGUAUAAAUAAUAUGGCACUGGACAUUGUCACAUUGAGCAUUAAAAUCUGGUUUGUUUGUUCAAACAUUUUUUAUGGACAUGAUCUGUCAGAUGGAUUGUGUAUCUUGAAGGAUAAUUCAUGUCUAAGUCGUCUAAUAUAAACCGGUUUUAAUAUCUCAAUCAAGACAAAUGUCAAGAAACAGUGGAUCUCUUUGAUCUGCCUCUUGUUCCCACUUCCCCCUAGAAGAGCAGUGAGCCCGCCAGUGAGUAGAGUUUGAACCUGCCAAAGUAGUUUUACUUUUUAGACAUUUAAAAAAAAGUAUUAUAUAUUUUUCUUUCUAGUUUUAGCUUUCUGGGUUACUACAAGAGGAAACUAGAGUAUUAUGUUUUAUAUAAUAACUACAGUGAAACACGCAAUUUGAUUGGUCAAUAGCCGUGCAGGAUCAGGCUAUCCUGCACAAGGAAUUAAAAUGCCUUCGCGGGAUUCUCAAAAUGUCAUUGUUUCACUGUAGUUAUUUUAUAAAACAAUUACCAAAUGGUUUUCCAAGCAGGAUAGCGUGAUCCAUGCACGUGGGAUGUUGCUCGACUUUUGGAAAGCGCAAAAAUACACUUGCCUAUGGCUCGAGUAUUUUUACGCUUUCUGAAAGUCUUGCGACAUCCCCCGUUCUCAUAAUCAGAAAAUAAUUCGCUCAUUCUGAUUGUUUGCUGAAAUGUUUAGGCAACAUUUCACUUCAAAACAUUUACCCUCUCAAAAGAUAAAGAACGAAAGGAAAUUGACUGCAGUAAAAAAGUUGGUCAACCUUUUGAGCUUCUUAUUGGAAAGCAAUUCAAACUUGUAGUAUGGGAGGAGUUAGUACGAACCAUGAAAGUUGGAGAGAUUUCAGAAUUUGUUGUUGACAGCUCGGUAAGGUGCUCUUGACAGCUUGUUUUGUAGGGCAUGUGUUUCGUUCUGUGUAUUGUACAAGUGUUGCUAUUAUCACUAACGGCUACCAUAACCACCAUCUUCGUCGUCAACAUCAUCAACACCACUACCAACAUCAUCAGAUUCAUCAUCACUGCUAUCAUUACCAGCAUCACCAUCAUCAUUAUUGCACCAUCACCACAAUCAUCAUUGCUUUCAUCAUCACCAACAAUAUAUCACCAACAUCAUCACCAUCAAUUUUGUCAUCACCAACAUCAGAUCUGGUUGGUACAUCACCACCAUCAUUAGCAACACCACCAUCAUCAGCAACAUUACCAUCACCACCACCAUCAUCUUGAUGAUCACCACCAAUGUAACAACUCACUUUAAUUUUACUUACAGUUGGUUGAAAGUUAUCCCUUUGUAUCAAAGAGCUUGCGGGAUCAUGCAGCACAACAGAAAGGUCAUCAUCACGCCCAUGACCACGAUCACAAGAAGCAAGGCAAACAUCACUGCAGUAUGGCUGCUUUUCAAGAUCAGGGAACAGGUUAAUAUGAUCGACCUAUAUUAUUUCAGUCAAAAUCAAGGUGGUUCUUUAUACUGGACUGCUAGGGAGAACAAUUUAGAAUUGAUAUAGAGGUAUCUCAGAAGAACCAUUAGAACUGAUUAGAGCUAUCUAUGUUUUAUAUUGUUAGGCUACAAAGACCUUGAUGAACUUGUAAAAGAAAAGCCAGAUCUUGUCUUUCAAAUGCAUCUUGAAAAGUUUGAGAAAUCCGGUGAAUACAAAAAGGAAGCUUGGCAGAUGGAUGACAAAGAAAAACUCGCUAUUUUGCCAAAAUAUAAAGAGGAAGGCAACCAUUUCUAUAAAGAAAAAAAGUACACAGAUGCUGCUCUAAAAUAUAGUGAGGCUUUAGGCUGUCUGGAACAACUCUGCCUAAGAGAAAAACCUAAAGACGAAGCUUGGAAUGAGCUAAACGAAAAGAAACUACCAUUUUUAUUAAACUAUGCACAAUGCAAGCUACUGUUGGGAGAAUAUUAUGAAGUUAUAAGACAUACAACCACAGUUUUAGAUAGCAUUGACCCGAAUAAUGUGAAAGCUUUAUACAGAAGGGCAAAGGCUCAUGUCGGCUGUUGGGACCCUAAGGAAGCAAGGCAGGAUUUUGAACGGGUGAUGGAACUGGAUCAGAGCUUAGUGAAAACAGUUAGAAAGGAACUUGAGGAAUUGGAUAGGAAAGAGAAAGAACAUAAUGAAGAAUAUAAGGAAAAAUUAAAAGGAAUUUUUUCUUAAAGAAUUUGUUUUUUAUUUAAUGCUGCUAUAACUGAGCUAUAUACGGAGCUGUGCAGUUAACCAAAAGAUUCAAUUGGUAUGGUUCUUUUUUAAGCAACCGAUAGUCAGCACCGGGCAUGCACAGAAGAACCGAUAGUUUCAUUCCCGAUGUGUCACUGCUUCGUGUCAGAAAAAUAACAAAAUGCCUCUUGAAAAUACUGAAAACUGACACUGAACUUAAGUUCUGUCACCUCCAAAAGGACUGGAACCAAGAUGAAAUUUCUGGAACUGCACAGCUCUACUGAGCUAGACAUAUUUAAUUAAAACAUCACCAUGAUGACAUUUUUAAAACUUGUUGAAACUUUUAAGCAUUCAGUAUCAAUAAAACAGGUCCAAACUUUUAAUUUAUUGUAAACUUUCAAACGUUUCUGAAGCACAUAAUUUAAGCAUAAUCUGAGUGUAAAACUAAAUCAUAAAUUUUUUCACUCAUUGUUUUAAAAUCACUAUGUUUCCUAGUGAGUUCAUUUUGCAUCUGAUUAAUCUUUGCAAUAACUUCACGUUUUUGUUUCUGUAUGCGUUGACUUUCCUCGGCCGACAUUUGUAGCACAAGUCGAUAUUGCUGACUCAGCAACUGUGAAUUCCUCUUGCACUCGUUGAUGAGGCCUUGGUACGUAGGUUUGGGUUCGGGUAACCGGGCUAUCUCAGUGCGACCAACAACUUUUUUCACUCUGUCCAAAUCAGUUUCCUUGAGUCCUUUAACGCACAUGAAGUGCGAUACGAGCGGACUGUGGCCAAGUAUAUUGAAUUGAACCUUGUGGAAAUCUGGUCCACUCCCAGUAGGAUGAGACGUCUGGACUUCAGGGCUAUGGCCAACCUGGGAGCGUGAUCUUGCUUUACUUUUUUCAGAUGGUGACACCCUAUCCUCGCCUAGGACUGCGUCGAUAUCAAAUGAUAAUAUUUUCGGAACAAGUGAUUUCCGAGUUUCUUCGGAGUUCUGCAUUCCAGUGGGUUCCAAUUCGUCCAGUCGCCAGUUUUCCCACAACAUGGGCGGGGGGCGUACCCCCGAGAUCCACUCGUAGAUGGUUUCCGUCAAUGUGCUCUUGAAGGGAUUCCCAAAUAUAUUAUAGGAAUCUGGGAAGGCUUCACAGAAACCAGCAUAAAGUGCCUGUGCAAGGCAGUUGGGGUAAUAGAAAAAAAAUCGAUCUUUGUAUGCAGUAGGGACACCAAAAAAGAGCGCAAUGAAGCUAUCCGCGAUCCGAGAGAAUAUCAUAUCCUUGGCUUGUGUCGGUUCAAACAGAUGGCAAAAAAUCCACCAAAAAGAGUCUUGGAAUACAGCGACAGAUGCUUCAGAUAAAAUCGCCUUUUUCCAAAUGUUUCUAAAAGGUUGGGGAAAGUUUUGGAUCUUCGUGACUUUGUUUAGCAGUUGUUGUGAUUCCAGGUUUCUUGGUAGGGGUGUGAGCUCAUUUGGCAUGAAUCCAAAAUAGGAGAAAUUUUCGACAGUUUUUGCUUUACGGUUCAGUGCUUCUUUCUCUUGGGAUUUUUUUGCCAAUUCAAGGACAUUGGAUUCGUUGUUCCUAUAUUGACGAACCAACACUGGGGUUAAAACUCUCGUUUCCGCUUCUGCCACAUCUUUUUUAUCAUCCUCGCUAUCCUGUUUAGGAUUCACCUGGAAUAAGGAAAUAAAUAUAAAAUUGAAACAGUGAGUGAAAAUAUGUUCGAUGUAGUAACCUA